AUGCCUAGCCCGCUCGAGCAGUGGUAUUUCCAAAUUCCCCCGGUAACGCGCUACUACAUCACAGCCGUCUGCCUGCUAACCGUGGCCACGCAGCUCGGCUGGCUCGGUUGGUUCCAGCUCUUCUACAACUACGAAUACGCCUUCCACAAGGCCCAGUACUGGCGCCUGCUAACCACCUUUCUGUAUUUCGGCAAUUUCUCGCUCGACUGGCUGUUGAACAUGUACUUUGUAAUCCAAUACAGCCGCGACCUCGAAGAAGGCUCGUACCUGAACCGCCCCGCCGACUUCUUCUGGCUCCUGAUCCUGGUCUGCUCGUCCCUGCUGGGCAUGGCAUCGCUACUGGAUAUAAGCUUUCUGGCCAGCCCGCUGAACUUCACAUUGACGUAUAUUUGGGCAAGGCAGUACUCGUAUAUGAAUAUCAGCUUUCUGGGUCUGUUUACGUUUUCUGCGCCAUACCUGCCGUGGGUGAUGGCCGGGUUCUCCAGUCUGGUCGGGAAUCGCUGGCCGGUCAGCGAUCUGGUGGGCAUCUUCGUCGGCCACAUUUUCUGGUUCUUCGAGGAAGAGUGGCCCAGGCGGCCCGAGAGCCAAGGCCGCAGGGUGUUGAGGGCCCCUAGGGCGCUUUGCCGCCUAUUCCACCAAGAUGAUAAUGAGACUCCAGAGCCCGAGGAGCCACACCCAGCCCGCAUAUGAAUCCCGGAGAAAAUAGUGAAUAGAUUUAUUUACCCUGCAUUUCAUCUAGCCUCUGCAUCUUGCUAUCCAAGGACUCGAGCUCCACCG